AUGUCGACGCUCUCGGCAACAGAUGGGACAACACAAGGGAGCACUAUUAACUCGAUCGCCGAGUCUUCUACCAAGACUUUAAGGGAGGAAAGCUACAUACUCGGAAAAUUUGUGGAUAGAGACGACAACACGGAUAGAGAAAGUAUGGGUGAACGGUAUAUGGAUAAAGAAAAAGGCGUAGAGGAUGUAAACAUCUAUGACACUGACACACAAGAUCUGAGCGCCGAAGAACCAAACACAGAGAGAAACGAAUCGACUGACAUUGAAUCGAACGAUGAAGACCCCGAUGGUUAUUACGGAGAAUCAUCUACCUCAUACACAUACCCCCGCAGAAACUCUAGAAAGACAGGACUAUUUUCUGGUUUUUACCCCUUAUCUGAUAGAAACGCAUAUAACUUUUCGGCGGAGUUGAUAGCUCAGUUUGAUAGAUACCGCAUGACGAUGCACGAAAGUCUCCGUCAAGAACUAGACGAAUUAGAAAAAUUGCGCCAAAACCCAACUCUACAAAAAACACCCGCCUCUCCAACGCCAGAAAUUUUUGAAACUCCCGUUCGUUCACCAUCUCCAACACGUGCAUCCAUCUCCACGACCGCCCGUCCGCUAAGUACCGAAACGAAUGCACCAAUGAAAUGUUUUUCAAGUAAACAGAAAUAUAAGAAAAAGGGACGGUUAAGACAAUUGUUGUUUAGUGCAAGGAGAGGUAAGAUUGAGAUGGAGGAUGGAAGAGAGGAAAGUGAUGGUGAAACGAGAUACGGAAAAGAAAAGGGAGAAAGUAGGAAGGGAGAUAGUAAGGAUAAAUUGGAUGAUUGGAUUAUUACCAAAGGAAGGGAAGAGAUAAGUGAAGAAAUUUCUGUUGAUGAAGACGGUACAAUAACCGAAGAUGUAAAUAUUAGCAAUAGCAGCGCAAUUGAAGGAAAAAAGCGUGUUGAAGACAAAAGUGAUGAUGGUGACUCGGAUAAUACGGAAAAAAGGAAGACAUCAAGAAUGAAGAGAGAACAAAGUCUAAGACGUGUUGGAAGCACCAGAAGGAAAUUUGGAUUGUUUGACAAGUGUAUGUCUUUGGAUGACGAGUCAUGA